AUGCCGCCUGCUACAACGUCGAAAGGAAAACCUCCUACCCUCAACGCUCUUCAGAAGAAGCUGAAAGGAUUGCAGACAUCAUUCAACAAUGUGCAUAACUUCAUAAAGGAGUGCUCGGAAGCCACCAAGGCCAGCGAAUUUUCGGUACGUUUGGAACGGCUAGAAUUACUAUGGGACAAGAUGAAUGAUACGAUCGACGAAAUCGAAUGCCACGAAGAGAAUGUAGAUGUGGAAUCACCGGUAAAAGAAAGAGUGGACUUUGAAAAUAGAUUCUUCGAGUUGAAGGCGUUUCUCAUCGAUCGACUGAAAAACGAUCCCGAAGCUGCACCAUUAAAUCAAUCUAAGAAGCUGAAAGGAUUGCAGACAUCAUUCAACAAUGUGCAUAACUUCAUAAAGGAGUGCUCGGAAGCCACCAAGGCCAGCGAAUUUUCGGUACGUUUGGAACGGCUAGAAUUACUAUGGGACAAGAUGAAUGAUACGAUCGACGAAAUCGAAUGCCACGAAGAGAAUGUAGAUGUGGAAUCACCGGUAAAAGAAAGAGUGGACUUUGAAAAUAGAUUCUUCGAGUUGAAGGCGUUUCUCAUCGAUCGACUGAAAAACGAUCCCGAAGCUGCACCAUUAAAUCAAUCUCCUGAUCUCCCAGAAGUUGAAAAAUUUCAUUACUUGAGAAGUCAAUUGGAAGGAGAGGCACUCAAUUUAAUCAACACUCUUCCGCUUACCAAGACAAACUAUAUGGUUGCUUGGGAUAUGCUGGUCCAGCGCUAUUCGAAUACUAAGAUUUUAAAGAAGAAAAACGUCCAAGCUUUGUUCGAGUUGCCAUCCAUACGACGAGAGUCUGCCGAGGAAAUGCACUCUCUUUUGGAAUCGUUUGAAGCAACCGUGAAAUCACGUGGACAUCAAGCCAAGGACUGUUCUUCUAAAUAUGUAUGCCGGCACUGUAGGGGCAAGCAUCAUUCUUUGGUAUGUUUCAAGGAAAACGGUAAACCAAUUGGGUCAACUGAUACUUCAAGGGAUACAGCUACAAGGAGUGCAGACGCAGAGGCGGCGGCUACCAGUAACAACACGGUACAUGCUGCAGCUGCUCAGGUGACGAGCUACAGCUCGAUUAAGGUUCCAGCGACAGGUGUUCUUUUAUUAACGGCUGUGGUGGUCGUACAAGACGAAUCUGGUAGUCAUCAUUUAGCAAGAGCCCUAUUGGAUUGUGCUUGUCAAUGUGAUCUCGUUUCUAAAAGGUUUAGUCAGCUGCUUAAAUCGAAAAGGCAGUCUACGAAUAUGGAUAUUAUUGGAGUCAAUGGAAAGGUGGAAAAAAUUACGAACUUCGUAAAUGUAACAAUUAAAUCGCGCGUCACUAAUUACCAAAUACCGGUGGAACUCAACAUUCAUCCUUGUUUGUCUACUACAAUACCAGGUUUAUCUCCUACUGCAAACAAUUGGAACUUACCGGAGGGAAUACAGCUAGCCGAUCCGUCACUGUUUGAGUCUCAUAAAGUGGAUUUGAUUCUUGGUGGAGGAUCAUUUUUUGACUUCUUUCGCACUGGAAGGCGUAUACCUCUUGGGAAAGAUAUGCCUUUGUUUGUCGAUUCGGUUUUUGGCUGGGUUGCAAGUGGAAAAUACCCAGUUGUGCAUAAUACAGCAGCGGUUAGUUGUAACGUGGCAGUUACCAAUAAACUAGAAGAGUUACUAACACGGUUCUGGCAGAGUGAGGAGAUCGGCUUAGACAAUAAAUUCUCACCGGGAGAGCUUCGAUGCGAAGAGCAUUUUCAACAAACUUUCAAAAGAGAUGCUGCUGGCCGCUAUAGCGUCUCGCUUCCGAAAGACGAGGCAAUCUUACAACAGCUGGGGCAUACGCAGAACAUUGCCUGUUAUAGAUUUCAUCAAAUGGAGAGGCGAUUAGAAAGAGAUCCGGAGCUAAAGAGGCAGUACCAUAACUUUAUGCUGGAAUAUGAACAGUUGGGACAUAUGCGGAGAGUGCCUGAUGAGGAUGUUACGAAGAUACAACGUUUCUAUCUGCCUCACCAUCCAGUGGUGAAAGAUUCUAGUAGUACGACGCGUGUAAGGGUUGUUUUCGAUGCAUCUUGUAAAUCAUCUUCGGGUGUUUCUCUCAAUGACGCCCUAUUAGCUGGACCUGUAGUACAGGAGGACUUGCGAAGUAUAAUCCUGCGGUGCAGAACUCGGUUGGUACUAUUAGUUGCGGAUGUGGAAAAAAUGUUCCGUCAAAUUAACAUGGACAAGACGGAUGCCCCACUGCAGAGCAUUUUGUGGCGUUCAACUACUGACUCGCCACCGGCAACAUACGAACUUUCUACAGUAACAUACGGGACGAAACCGGCACCCUUCCUUGCAACAAGGACAUUAAAGCAAUUGGCACUGGAUGAAGGUAAACGAUUCCCACUGGCAGCGGCGGCGGUUAUGAAGGAUUUUUAUGUCGAUGAUGUUAUUACUGGCACCGAUGAUGCUGAACAAGCAAAAGAGCUACGAUGUCAGCUUGAUGAGCUAUUGCAGUCUGGUGGUAUGCGGCUUCGAAAAUGGUCUUCGAACUAUGCUUCGGUGUUAGAGGGACUAAAACCAGAGGAUUUGGCAGAUUCAGUGGCAGAAGGUAUUAAACUUGAUCGUGAUCCAUCGGUUAAAACAUUAGGCUUGACAUGGUAUCCCCAAACAGACGCAUUUGCCCUGCAGUUGCAAAUCCCAUCUAUCUCAAACGAUCAAGAGCUAACCAAGCGGAAGGUAUUAUCUUAUAUAGCGAUGCUGUUUGAUCCUUUAGGUCUGAUAGGAGCGGUUAUAACAACAGCAAAAAUAUUUAUGCAAACGCUAUGGCAAUUGGAAGACGACAACCAAGAGAAAUUGGAUUGGGAUUCGGUUCUGCCAACAAGAGUAGAAAAUGAAUGGCGCACAUUUCACGAGCAGCUUCCAAUACUUAAACAGCUACGGGUAGAAAGAAUGAUUAUUAUUCCUGGGUCGGUGGGCAUGGAGGUCCAUUGCUUCUCGGAUGCCUCAGGAAAGGCUUACGGGGCAAAUUUAUAUAUAAAAUCCUGGAAUUCGGCUGGUCAUGUUAAGGUAGCGCUACUCUCUUCCAAGUCACGAGUGGCCCCAUUGAAGACUCAGUCCAUCCCGCGGCUCGAGCUUUGUGGUGCACUAAUGGCAGCAGAACUGUUCGUCAAGGUGAAGGAGGCUAUCGACAUUGAAGGGGAUGUUUAUUUUUGGACGGACUCGACAACAGUGCUGCGCUGGUUACAGGCUUUACCGACUAUAUGGACGACAUUUGUUGCCAAUCGAGUGGCAAAAAUACAAAAUAUCACGGAACGUUGCCUUUGGAAACAUGUUCCAGGUACACAAAAUCCUGCGGAUAUGACGUCACGCGGUAUAUUUCCGGAAAGUAUAAUUGAAAAUCGCGUUUGGUGGGAAGGUCCUGAGUGGCUGGCUUUCAGUAUUGAUAAAUGGCCAGUACAACAUGAAAUUACAGAUUCAACAGAAGCAGAUCAGGAGUUUAAACGGUCGGCAGUUGGGGCAGUUGGCGCUUGCAACUUAGGUUUCAACGAUUGGUAUUUUGCGCGUUUCUCCGAGUAUACGACAUUGAUUCGGCAAACAGCAUAUUGCCAGCGGUUUAUUAAAAAUUUUCGGGUCAAGCUUCAAAUUGGCCAAUCCGUGCCGGGGCCAAUAACAGCAUUAACGGCACCAGAAUUACGUACGGCAGAGUUGACAGUGACUCGACUCGUUCAACAAGAAGCUUUCAGUAAGGAAUAUCGAGCGUUGUCUCAGGGUAAAGCCAUUCCCAGGCACUCGCCGCUUCGUUGGUUUUAUCCGGUGCUUUCACACGAUGGUGUUAUUCGUUUAGGAGGAAGGUUGGGAAGAUCGCAGGAGUCAGAGGAGGCAAAGCAUCCUAUGGUGCUGCCUGCACGUCAUCAUUUAACUAAAUUAUUGCUGAAACACUAUCAUUUAAAAUUGCUCCAUGCAGGACCUCAACUAAUGUUAAGCAGCGUUAGGCAAAAAUUCUGGCCGCUCGGAGGACGGAGCGUAGCAAAACAAAUAAUCCAUCAGUGUCUGCGAUGCAGUCGUGUAAAACCUGCAACUAUGCGUCAGUUUAUGGCAGAACUUCCGGCUUCUCGUGUUACAGCAGCUAAAGCGUUUUCGACAACUGGCGUUGAUUACUUUGGCCCAAUAUACAUUCGUCCGGGCUAUCGUCGAACGGCAGUGAAGGCAUACGUGUCCGUGUUCGUCUGCUUCACCACAAAGGCCGUGCACUUGGAGCUGGUCGGAAACUUAUCUACGGCAUGUUUCAUUCAAGCGCUGCGUAGGUUUGUGGCAAGGCGCGGUUUCUGUUCCAGUAUCCACUCUGAUAAUGGAACUAACUUUGUUGGGGCCAGGAAUCAGCUAAAGGAGCUUAUGGAAAAUCUCAAAAGUAAACAUCAUCACAACGUGGUGGCAAGGGAGUGUGCCAAGGACAACAUCCAAUGGCACUUUAUUCCGCCAGGUGCACCCCACUUCGGAGGAUUGUGGGAGGCAGCUGUGCGUUCGGCAAAACAUCAUCUGCUAAGAGUAUUAGGGGAGAUACCUGUUUCGUACGAGGACAUGCUUACAACUUUGACCCAGGUGGAAGCCUGUCUCAACUCUCGACCCUUAACGCAGCUGACAGACGACCCUAAUGAUCUAGAACCACUAACUCCGGGACACUUUCUAGUGGGUGAUUCUCUCCAAGCGGUUCCGGAUACGGAUUUUACUAAUGUACCAGCGAAUAGGCUCAACCAUUGGCAGGCAGUGCAGAAGAAGGUGCAAGAUUUCUGGCGAAGAUGGCGUGUCGAAUAUUUAACUCAACUUCAAGGGCGAUCCAAACGUUGGCAACCACCUGUAGCAGUUGAACCAGGUAAACUAGUAGUUAUUCAAGAAGAUAAUGUGCCUCCGAUUCGAUGGCGCAUGGGGCGCAUCCAACACACUCAUCCAGGAGCUGACGGAGUCGUGAGAGUAGUUACACUCAAGACGGCAAAGGGAGUUUUUCAGCGACCAGUGGAAAAAAUUUGUCUGUUACCGGUUGCAACAGUGACAGAGGAUGGAGUUCCACAAAUUUAA